CCCUUGUUUCUCGUAUCACACCAUGUCCAGAAAUGCGGGCAAGCUGUGACUGAGUAUCCCAAGGGGAGGAAAGAUUCAUUCAGACCUUCUCAAGAGCUGCUCUUCAGGGAGAACUUCCAGGAAGGUCAAAGUCAAGAUGCUACGCAAGAGAGUAGAAAGCUGUCCUUGGAGUUUUUAGAAUCACCUCUUAGUGCUGGAGCUGAAGGGUUAGCUGAACUGCUAGUUCAGGAUGUUGUGUGUUUUGAGGAAGUGGCGGUGUAUUUCUCCGAGGAGGAGUGGUCUCAACUGGAUGCUGACCAAAAAGAGCUCUAUACAGCAGUCAUGCUGGAGAAUUCCAGGAAUCUCCUUUCUCUGG